AUGCAUCAAAGAAACAAUAUCAACCCUGCUCCAGUCGAGGCAAGCAGCUCCAACCAAGAUUCAAACGCUGGAGCUAACCCACUCCCGUCCGCCGUGGGUACUCGUAACAAAUUUUUGUCACUUUGCCUUGAUUACACUGAGUCUACAGUGGUAAAGGUUAUCAGUAUCAAUCUUACUGGCCUACAGUCUGAUAAAGAGAUAUUCACAAAGAUCCGGGAUGUUUACCUUGAUGAACGUGGAAACCAGUUCUUCAACCGGGUAUACAAGCAUUCAGGUUACCUCUCUGGGCUUCGGUGGCUUAUCUUCUUACCUGAUGCUAACUAUGAGCAGUUCCAGAUGGAACCUUUUUCAGACCCAGGCAGGGCAGAUUUUGUGGCUGGAACAGGCACAAUAAAAGAUAUCCCGCCAAUACAAUGCGAAUCACUUCGAGCGGAUAUUGCGUCCAACUACCACUACACCGAGCCUUUGCAUGAUGCAACAAAAACUCUAGUCUUAGCUAGGGCAUUUGAGUUUUUUAAGCACCCCUUAAGAGCUGGCUCCAAUUUAAUUGUUACAAAUUUCCUCCCCCAAAAACUUGAUACACCACUCCAGCGCCCAAGCUUGCACUCACGUUUGCUGGUGCCAGGUUUAGGUAUCUACAUCCCAGACAAACUAAAAUGCGUUGAACAAGUUGUUUUCUGGUGUGUUAUUGGUACAGUCUUGUGUGUGAUUCUCAUUAUGGUCUUCUAG